CGUCCAGUGGCGAUGGCCUGAAACGCUCUGAGCGGGCCACGAGCGGUGCCGGCUUCCCUCCACCGUCACGGGAUUACAAGUGUUUGCUUAACCUCCUCACCCCUGUUUCUGUGCACGCCCAAACCCCUCUCUGGCACUGGAACUUCGGAGAGGCCGAGACGGCCCUCAUCGUUACGCCGAUUAGUUCACAAGCCGUCGAGCACGCCAGGAGGGAGCACGGGCCUUUGUUACAAACAGCCUCUCAGUGGAGAGUCAACUCCGCCAUGGCCAGGCCGCACUGCGCUUGUACACCCAGACCUGAGCACGAGAUUCGACACAGCCUCAAUAAACUGACUGAUCAAGGAAGGACCCAUUAUGUCAAUGAGCAACAAUUCCUGUUUUUCCCUUCGUUCCCUCCCGUCUCUCCCACCUUGUGUGUUGACGUCCCCCUGGGGUGUGUUUACUCCUGUCUCCAGCACUUCACAUUGCCGGGGAAAGGUGUGUGCUUCAGAAUGUACACAGAGGAUCAGGGGAAGAAGCUGGGGGUGAACGGCUGGGUGAAGAACACCAGACAGGGCACUGUGAUCGGACAGGUGCAGGGGCCCCGGGACAAGGUUGAUGAAAUGAAGCACUGGCUGAGACACGUGGGCAGUCCCAGCUCCCGUAUUGACCGUGCUGAGUUCUCUAACGAGAGGGAUAUUUCUAAACUGGAGAUACGAGGAUUUGGCACUCGCUACUGAGCUCUUUAACCGUUCGUUCACAAAGUCAUGAAGAAUUUAUCGUUCAUCACCAGUGUGUUUACACUCCUUGAUUCUGUGUGUUCAAAGCCAAACAAACCAUAUACAUCCUAUUACCAGCUGCAUUUACCAGUUACUGCAUUUAUUCUUUAUAUUUAUUAUAAUAUUCAUCCUCUUAAACACUUACCUUUAUUGUAGCAUGAUUACAUAUCAUUUUACACACACUCUGUUAAUAUUAUUAUUAAUAAUAAAUGCACAAUAAGGCAAUAUGUCAGGGAUUGAAGGGGUUUUUAAUGUAAGCAAUAUUCACUAAUAUGUAUAUUAUAUUGAAUGUAUCAGUAUUACCUUAUAAAAGAAGUGCUCCUUAUUGUUGUAUGAAUUGAAUAGAAUUUGUGAUGUUAAAUCUGACAAUAUUUUUUUCUUUCAUAUUAAAGCCAACAAAACUCGCCAGUCAUCUGUUUAUAAUUAAACCAGCGCCCAGAUCCCACCCUGAAAUAAACCUUUAUACUGAAUUUAA